AUGGAAGCAGCACAAACACACUCCAUCCCCAUGGAAUCUAAAAACACCAACAACAUUAACAAGUCCUACAUGGCAGCGCCACCAUCGGCACGGCGUCGGCAGGUAGCUCCGCCAAUCGCAACACCAUUAAUAUCUCCCAAGCAAGAGCCUCAUGAUAUGGCUGAGAAACCGCCGGCACCACCCAUUAUCAAAGUGACACUACCCACCCCAACACUGAAACAGUCGGUAUCACCUCCACAUAUGCCACCGUCACCGCCACCGACACCGCAUAACAAGGCUGUUACAUCUACAAAAGACCGACACACCAAGGUAGAAGGAAGAGGGCGGAGGAUAAGAAUGCCGGCAACAUGUGCCGCCAGAGUCUUUCAACUUACCCGUGAACUUGGUCACAAAACUGACGGCGAAACUAUUCAGUGGCUCUUACAACAUGCUGAACCUUCCAUAAUCUCCGCUACUGGCACAGGCACUACCCCUGCCAUUGCCGUCUCAGUUAACGGCUCCGUCGAAAUCCCCACCACUAAAAAUGGCCCUUUAACGCGGAAACGCAAACGUUGUACUACUAACAGUGAAUUUAUCAACGUUAAACAAAGAAGUAAUUGCCAUGCAAUUAUGACUACAUGCAGUCCUAGUACUAUUGACGUGAAGUGUAACAAAGUGACAACUAUUUUCGCUCCCGUUAUGUCAAUAGUACCAAGUCAGACAAUACUGCCACACGUGUCAAUGUUCGCUGUUCCUACAAGAAUAAACUCAAUGGCAGCAGCGUCACCUGUUUGGAUAAUUCCACAAACACCAUUGAUAACAAGAACACCAAGUGUAGCUGAUCAG